AUGCAGAUGCACAAGUGCCUCGACGCUUCGGCGCAGCAACCGCCGCAUCGGUCCUUCCGCGCCCCGGCGCAGCCCAUCUCACCUUCCUCCAGGGCCGCCGCCUUCAUCGACGGCAAGUGCGUGCCGGAGCACACCGUGCUUCGACGGCAGCCGCGACCUACCUCCCUUGCAUCCCUGAUCCCGGACGAGGUGCCAUCUCCUCGAGGAGUUGCACGACGGCCGGGAGAUGCCAACGUGAUUCUCGUGAUUCUCGUGAUGCUCGUCGGCCUCGACGUGACGGAAGCGGCCGAGGCCCCCAACAUCGACAGGCUCGUCCCGCGCCUUCCCCUCGCCCGGCCCGUCGACCGAUACGAGAAUCGUGCUACGUCAUGGCCCGGACGGCAGAGGAAGCCGAGGAAGCCACGAUGGACCGGCUCGAUGGACUGGACCGAAUCGACCGACGUCCGAAGCACUGCGCUUUCCCUGCGCUCUCGCCUCGGCCAACCUCGCCUCGCCGCGGCCGUCAACCAGCCUCUCCUGCUGCUGCUUCUGGUUGACCGGGCCAGUCGAGACCGUCUCACGCCCGACGUCGAUGCCGUCGUCACACUGCCUCGCCCGACACCGACACUCGCUUCCACCAUCCUCCACCAGCACACACUCGCUCCCAUCAUCCUCGACCGAAACGUUGACACCCGUGUGGCCAUGAUUUCCCACGUUCUCACGACGCUCCUCGUCGCCGCCUCGGCCAUGGCGGCGCCGGCCGCCGAGGUCGACGCCGACGCCAACAAGUGCACGUCGCGGUCGACCAAGGUCAAGGAGUGGACCGUCGGCGACUUUGACUUCCACUCGUCGUACAUCUUCUCGACGCCCGCCCACCAGAACUCGUGGGGCUACGUCAACUUCACGCUCACGCACCCGGCCGUCAACUACAAGGCGCAGUGCUCGGGCCAGUCCAACCAGCUCUCGGACUUUUUCUACGGCACCACGCAGUACUCGUGCACCAUCCCCGGCAGCCGGGACCAGGCCACGUUCAGCUUCGACCGUCCCACGGGCGAGCUCAAGCUCGACCACAGCUGGUCCUGCGCCGGCGAGGGCAGCCACUUCAACGCCAAGGGCGGCGCCAAGCUCAAGCUCGCCUGCUCCGAGUCGUACUACAAGAACCCGGCGUGGAAGAAGGGCGAGAUCUACUCGACUCGCACCGUCAACUGCGCUCGCGUCACGGUCAAGGCGCCCAUCAAGGAGAUGAGCGGCGUCGCUUGA